AUGCAGAAAUCUUUUCUCACCUGUGGCAGUGGAAGAACAGCUAGAAUGUCAAUUAAAAAGUACGAUGAUAAAUAUCUCUUUGCUAUUGCCCAAGCAUCUUCCACUAAAACACCUCUUCCAAAUACUCGCGAAGAAGGAGCAAUAAAGCGGGUGACGGAUGCGAUAGAGAUGUUGGUACGUAUGUCACAUAGAGGCGCUUGUGGUUGUGAGACAAAUACUGGUGAUGGAGCUGGUAUUCUCGUAGCUCUUCCUCAUGACUUCUAUAAGGAGGUGGCCGAGUCUCUUGGGCAUACUGUACUUGGGUGGCGCAUGGUCCCCACAGAUAACUCAGGAUUGGGCAAAUCUGCUUUGCAGAUAGAACCUGUUAUUGAGCAAGUGUUUUUUACACCUACGCCUCGGUCAAAAGCUGAUUUUGAGCAACAGAUGUAUAUAUUAAGGGGGGUUUCAAUGGUGGUAGCUAUUCGAGCUGCACUAAACCUCCAACAUGGUGGUGUGAGGGACUUCUACAUAUGUUCUCUUUCCUCAAGGACUGUUGUCUACAAGGGUCAGCUGAAGCCCAAUCAGUUGAAGGAGUACUACUAUGCAGAUCUUGGCACUGAAAGCAUGGGAUGA